AUGCCAAAGCCCCCCGUGUCCGUGUUGUUUCGAUCGUCGCAAGUCGGCGAAUUUCUGUCGCCCGAGCAGAAGAGAAGCGCAAUUGCGAAUCUCACAAAGAGGGCGAAAUUUGUGAUUUUCGUGUGUUUGUUCGUCAUAGUCGUAGUGGCAGUUGCUAUCGUGGCGACCGUCUGGAAGAGAGAAGAGGAGCCAGUGGCGCGGUGGCUCGGAGCUGUGACGGGCCUAAUUCUGAUUCUGAUAGAGACAGUGCACUCCGCGCUUCUCGUCACUAUGGACCGCAAAUGGUACGCCAAGCAGGAGCAGAAGGCUCUCGAGAAGAAGCAAAAAGUCGUGAGCAUCAUCCGCGCACUGCUCUUCAUCGGCCAAAUGCUUGCUAUCGCCGUGCUCACCGCCCUGGAACCAACGGGACCGGCUGCCUUCUGGAUCCGCUACCUCAUCUACGUACCGCUCACUUUCCUGGUCCUGUGUGUCAUUGGAGGUUAGUUAGAUGUUCUGGCAACACGAUACACGUGGAACUUUGUAAUGUUUUCAGUGGAGCAUCACGUUCUCGCCAACAUCCACGUCCAUCUGCAUCCGCUCCAUCGCGAACAAUGCAACAAGGAGCCGGUGGAAGUCAGCGAGCACUAG